GUUCAUUGAUCCCUGUUGGUUAUUAAUUUCGUUCAUGAGGUUGGUGGUCAUGGAUCUACGCCACGCCUGCGAAAACAAAUAUGGCGUCAGUAAAUAUUCAAAUUCGUUAGUUUUGUUUUGGUAGUAUGCUUCAAAUUUCUCUUUUGUGAUUUCUCAGGCUUAAUGGAAGGAAUAUGAUUGUAUGAGUUUGUUCAUCUGUGGUCUUACUGAAGACACAAAGCUUACAACAAUAUGAUGUCUAGUAGUGGGGUAACAACCCCUGAGCCAGGAACUAGCUCCACUGAGGAAGCAGCUAGAACUGGUGUUGGAGGAGUAGUCAGUUCUCAAGCGUCAAGCCAAGGAGAUCAAGUUCCCCGUCCAAACAACAAUGUCCAGAGGAUACAACAGCGAAAGAAACAGGUGUUCAACUGGCCACAUAGUAAAAAGUUUCUUAAAUUGGCUAUUUAUUCAGCUUGCCAGGCUGAUACCUGUAAAUGCAAUGGAUGGAAAGCUCCCACACCUCUUGCCCGUUCACCUAGAGCGGAUGCAUCCCAGCCGCUUGCAAAUUUCACAGAUCCUUGCCGUAGCUGUACCCAUGACUUACGCUCUCACGUUACGCAUCUCGAAUCACUGGAUGAAAAUGAACUGAAUAAGUUACUUGGUAUGGUUGUGGAUGUCGAAAAUAUUUUUAUGGCCAUGCAUAAAGAGGAAGACGAAGAGACAAAACGAGUUUAUUAUUAUCUUUUCAAGCUCUUGCGGAAAUGUAUCAUGACCAAAACAACACCAUCAACAUCUGAAGGACCUCUAGGACAACCACCAUUUGAAACUCCAAGUAUUCAUCGAGCUGUUUCUAAUUUUGUACUGCUGAAGUUUGCCAACACCACUCAAAGGGAAUAUUCUACAAUGUCGGACUUGGCCAAGAUGUUUUUGCACUGUUUGAAUCAUUGGAAUUUUGAAUCUCCCAGUGUUAAAAAGAACACGGUUUCAAAUGAAGACUUCAGUCUAUACAAAAUUCAUUUCACAAGAUGGCUUGUGUUUUGUCACAUUCCUGCAUUUUGUGAUUCUUUCCCUCAUUCUGAGACUACACAAGUGUUUGGUCGAUCAUUACUUAGAUAUGUUUUUCGAUCUGUACGACGACAAUUAAAAGAAAAAAUUAAGAAUGAGAAAAGCCGUAUGCCUAUGGAAAAGCGCUACCUUGUUCUCAAUAACUUCCCCAGGUUCUUGGCUCAGCUAGAGGAUGAAGUUUACUCUCCCAACUCUCCCAUUUGGGAUGUGGAUUUCAAACUAGAGCUUCCUCCCCAUUUGGCUCAUUUGCAGCCUGGAGCAACAAAUGCACGAAGACCAGGAGAGUUUGAAAAGCUUAUGGUUCUGCCCAAUGAUAAGGAUCAAUUUACUACAAUCAAUUUAACACCUGGAGUUGGAAAAAAGCAUGCCAGAUCUGAGACAGGGACACUGUCAGAUCAACAUGCCAAGCGUGCUCGGCUUGAAGACAGUAUAGAAGAUAUUUCUGAUCAAACUAUUGCUCAAAUCAUAGCCACUAUCAAUGAUCCUAGUUGUAUGGCAGGACCAGAGCAGCACUCAGUUUUUCCGGAAAAUGCUCCUCGGGAUGCAGCUGUCAAGGUGGAGGAAUCCAAAGGCCUAAUACGUUUCCAUGUUGUUGGAAAUUCCUUAUCUCAAUCUGUCUCAAAGCAAACUAUGCUUUGGCUGAUUGCUCUUCAAAAUGUCUUCUCACAUCAGCUUCCCCGUAUGCCAAAAGAAUACAUUACUCGACUAGUGUUUGAUCCAAAGCACAGAACUCUAGCACUGAUAAAGGAUAAUCGUGCAAUUGGUGGUAUAUGUUUCCGUAUGUUCCCUGAACAAGGUUUCACAGAAAUAGUAUUUUUAGCUGUGACAUCUAAUGAACAAGUUAAAGGAUAUGGUACUCAUUUGAUGAAUCAUCUAAAAGACUACCACAUCCGGAAAAAUGUUUUACAUUUCUUGACAUUUGGUGAUGAGUUUGCUAUUGGCUACUUCAAGAAGCAAGGGUUCAGUAAAGAUAUAAGACUGCCUCGCCAAUUUUAUCAAGGCUACAUUAAGGACUAUGAAGGAGCAGCAUUGAUGCAUUGUGAAAUUGACCCUAGAAUAGUGUACACUGAAUUUACUGCUGUUGUUCGUAAACAGAAAGAGAUCAUCAAGAAGUUAAUUGAACAACGACAGCAAGAAGUUCAGAAAGUGCACCCGGGCUUAACAUGUUUCCGAGAUGGCGUUCGUAGUAUUCCUGUUGAAAGUAUACCUGGCAUACUGGAGACUGGUUGGAAACCUGCUGCUCGUUCUACACGUGCUCUGCAACACUCUCCAGAAGAAAGUCAUGACCAUGAGACCCUGCAACAGACCUUACGUCAAGUUCUGAACACUAUCAAGGGCCAUAAUUCUGCUUGGCCUUUCCUCAAGCCUGUAGACAAGAAUGAAGUUCCUGAUUAUUAUGAGCACAUCAAGUUUCCCAUGGAUCUGAAGACUAUGGCUGAUCGCAUCAAAUCUCACUACUAUGUGUCAAGGAGGUUGUUUAUAGCAGACAUGACCAGAAUUUUCACAAAUUGUCGUCUGUAUAACUCUCCAGAUACUGAGUACUAUAGGUGUGCUACAGUGCUGGAGAAAUACUUCCAAACCAAAAUGAAAGAAUUAGGACUAUGGGAUAAGUAAGGUUACGACAGAAGUGAUGAUGUGAAUCUGUAGUGUAUGUAUAUAGUUCGACGCCAUUGAGGCAUAGCAUUGUUUGACAAUGUUCUGUCUUUCUAUUUGUAUAGUUACAUGCUUAUUUUUACAAUGUACUGUUAGACAUGUUUGUCUAUACUUACCAUGAUUUCAGUGUAAUCCUAGAGUACAACUGUAUUGGGUUGUUCUAUUAUGUGCUUUUCAUAUGUGGUUUGACAAGAGUGGCAUCAAGAAAGCUGUACACACAAAUCUAGUCACCAAAUUCGCAAUUCCUUUAUUUGCUGAAGCCAAUUUUAUUUUUGGCUUAAUGUUACAUUUGGGACUGAUAAGCCAAUGGCAUUUUCCCUCUCGUCGACUGGUAUUCAUCCGAUGUACUCUGAAAUCAAACAAACAAUGUUGCAACAACAUUAUCUUUGUAAAUGGUAAUAUUUGAAAAUUAAGAUUUACUGUACAGAAAACAUGAAUUUACCUCUAUAUCUUCUAAAGAGAAACUGGACAUUGUAUUAGAAUGCACUCUUCUUUGUCCUCUGUAUAUGUUAUAAAUUAGACUUCUUAAUUUUGUAAAGAGAAAUUAUAUCUUAUUCUGUGGAUGUAUUCUUCAUCCUUUGUACAUCAAUAUAUAAAUAUAAAUAACA